CUGAAAUCUGUCUACAGCUUGGAUUUCUUAUUGUCUGCCUUCACAAUUUCCAUCCAUCCUCUGUCAUUUAUUCAUUUUCUCUCAUUCAUUCGGUGUCCCUCAUUCUCUGUAUACACACCCUAACUCUCCUGGUUCCACCUUUCCUUCUCCUGUGUUACACUGCAUAAUGGAAGAUAUAGAUGGACAGAGUGCAAGCAGAGCACAGCAGAUGACAGGCUUGAGUCCAGGUUCAGGGAGCUCAAGUCGAUGGCUUCCUCAAGCUCUUACUGCAAGGAACCAUUCAUAUCCCAGAGAGCUGCUCAAUGAUUCAGAAGAUGAAGAGCCACCUGACCUUGAGUCAGAAUCCGGAGAUGUUGCCAGUGGGUCUGAAGGAGGUUCCGGGAGUAUCAUCUUGGAUGGCCAAGAUCUGAGAACCCAGAUCAUCCAACUGCUGACGGAAUUGGAGGAGACAAGAGAGCUGGCACUGAAGCACGAAGACAGUUUCUUGGAGAUGCAAGGUAUCCUGGAGGAAGAGAGAUUAGCCAGUGCUCAGCAAGCUGAAAUCUUCACCAAGCAGAUUCAGAGGCUUCAAGCUCAGUUACGUUCGGUUCAGGAAGAAGUGGACAGUCUGGAGCAUGAAAAAGAAUGUGAGCUGCUGGAGGUGUCCCAGGAAUUGCGAUGUGCACAAGAAGAGAUAAUGUCACUGCGACAGUCUGCAGAGGAAGCAGCAGCUGAGAGAGAGAGUGACAUAGCCUCCUUGCAGGAGGAGCUGUGCAGACUGCGUGCUGAGCUUCAUGAGCUGCAGGAGACAAGACAGGAGUAUGAGAUGGAGAUAACAACCCUGAGAGCUGAAAUCAGCAUGAAGAGCUGUACUGGUCAUACAGGCCAAGGUCCAGCCUCACUGCAAGGGGAGCUCCAGUUCCUGCGGGAUCAGUGCCAGCAUCUCCAGAUGGAGCGCAGCAUUCUCCAAGAGAGUAACAGUCAGCUGAAGAGCCACCUUCUGCUGCUAGAAGAAGGGGACAGAGAAGAAGACACAGAUACAGCAGAUGGAGUGCAUGAGGGGCAACAGGAUCAACCACAAGAGCCAGAUGGGCACACAGAGAAAACUAUCCCACAGUACGAUCAUUCGAAUCCCAUCUCAGUAACUCAAGUCGAAGAUACACAAGACUUGUCUUUGCCCAGCUUGAACAUAAAGAGGAAUAAAUUCCAGCGGGAGGAAGACCGGCACAAGCUAAAUACCCAACUGCAUAGUGCCGAGGAAAAAGUGCAACGUGCACAGACUGAGUGUGCAGGGCUUCUCAGUGAGAUUGAGGACCUGCAGCAGCGCCAUCGCAUAAGUCAGGAGGAGCAGGAGAAGCUGCAGGAGGAGCUGAGGCUUUGCAGAGAGGAAAUUCACAGGCUGAAGGAGAGUGGUUUACAGGCCCCCUGUGGAUCUGACCCUCCUGUUCUCUCCCUUCCCCUCCUAGGACUUAUUGUUAUAGUGGGGAUGCUCUGGUGCUGGUGGGCUGAGACGUCCUAGUGCACAUCAGGCUGCUCUGUGGAAUCCACUCCUGCUCCUGGCAGUGGCAGCGGCUGUUGUGUUACUGUGUCCAACCCUGAGGAGAGGUCCAGACUGAGAGAGGAUGGCAGCAGCACAUACGCCAUUUGCACACAGAUCAGUA